AAAGAGGAGAGUUGAGUGGGCAUGGGACAUCACUGCUGCAGCAAACAGAAGGUGAAGAGAGGGCUUUGGUCUCCAGAAGAAGAUGAAAGGCUAGUCAGGCACAUAACCACCCAUGGCCAUGGCUGCUGGAGCUCUGUCCCUAAACUUGCAGGGUUGCAGAGGUGUGGGAAGAGUUGCAGGUUGAGGUGGAUAAAUUAUUUGAGGCCAGAUCUUAAGAGGGGCUCUUUUACAGAGCAAGAAGAGAGGACCAUAAUAGAUGUGCAUAGAAUUCUUGGGAAUAGAUGGGCACAAAUUGCCAAGCACCUGCCAGGGAGGACUGACAAUGAGGUGAAGAACUUUUGGAAUUCUUGCAUCAAGAAGAAGCUUAUUGCUCAAGGCUUGGAUCCCAACACCCAUAAUCUCCUUUCUCCAAACCAGUCCAAGAACAAGUCAACCAAAACUACAAACCCCCCACACCUUCAUAAUCAAGAAUACCCCAAUUCAACUUUCACAAUAGUAGAGACACCACACCCCAAUUCAUCUCUUCCCUCAUUGCAUCAUCCACCUAAUAACAACAACACUACCACCAUGAUGGACUUCGGCCGCAGCUGUUCAUCAGUGGAGAGUAGUUCAUCGUUGAUCCCUCGAACUGGGUUCGGGUUCGUGACAGGGAACCUGCAGGGAGGUUCCAUGUUUGAAUCGUCAAGCGCGGCAUUAUUUGGACCCGAAGAAGUCGUGCAUGUACAACGAGAAGAAGAGAUCGAACGAGAGAGGGAAUUAGGCAGCCACGGUGGUAGGCAUAACACGAAGAUGGCCAACGUGUUUGAAGGCUCCAACUUUGAUCAGUUUGUCGAGUUCAUGGAGGGCGAUUCGUCAUUGAUGCCUUGCGAAGGAUUGUAUUGCAAUGUAAAUUAUCCACUUGUGUGGGAUUGCUAAUUAAGAGUUCGUUGAAUUAUAUAUGUUCAGUCCAUAACUUUGCCUCCUCAAAGUGUAUACAAUCAGAUCUUGAGAAUGGUAGAUGCAUUUUCUUCCUUGAUGAAGCUCUGAUCCAUGUCUUAAAAGUCACAGGGACUUGUUACAGUGAUUCAUAGAGUAUUUCCCAAAGCUGAACAUAGAAUGUGUGCCAGACAACUUUACACCAAUUACAGGGAUCAUUUUAGAGGUACGGAUCAGAGUUAAAGGACUUGCUUUGGGAUUAUGCUAGAGCAUCUUACCCAGCCAGGCUUGAAUCUUGUCUAAGUAAGCUUGAAGAAAGGUGUCAAGAGGCUAGACAGUGUCUUAACAAUAGACCAACAAAGAAUUGGUCCAGGG